AUGAGCGGCGAGGCCGGAGAGGAGCUGGAUACACCGGCCGCUCGCAUCAUGGCGCGUCGCGAGAGCCGUGCCGCGAUGCCGGACCGGCUCAAGGUGGCGGCGCCGGACGACAGCUCGGAUGAGGAGUGGAACGGAGACGACGACGAGGAUGAGGAGGAGGACGGUCGCGUUUACUUGGACGCGUCGAAGUGUGGCCGCGUGCGCUUGCACGCGGUGCAAGGACCUGCGCAGUCGUCCUCCGGCCUGGGGGUGGACGACGAACGGCGCAAGAGCCUGGCCGACAAGGGCUGGGCACGCCGCACGGCGGUGGUGAACAGCGUGGGUGCCAGCGGUGCGGCGAGCUUCGAGUUGGUGCCGGGGCGCGAGCAGUUCGGCCCGGGCGACGAUGCGGCAGCCGAGUGGGAGCGGCAGAUGCUGCAGUUCACGGAGGACAACUUCGAGGACACAAAGAGGUCAAACUCUGAGGUCUCGGUUUACGAUUUUUUCGCGCGCCCGUGCUUUGUUUUGGGUUUUCAGCGGCCAGAGCGCUGCGCGUGCAUAGUUAGAGGUUAG